AUGGCGGACGGGCCGGCGAAAGCGGCUUCUCACGACGUCUUCCGGCGUCUGCGGGCGGCCCAGGCCAACAAGGUGAAGCCCAGUAUUAUCGGGAAGAAGAAACCGACUACAGCCAGGAAGAGACUGGGUGCUCAGAAGGUCAGCAGCCAGAGCUUCGGUGAGAUCGAGCGACAGGCACAGGUGGCGGAGAAAGUGAUGGAGCAGCAGGUGGCUGAGGCCAGGAAAGAGGCAGAGGAGUCAAUUGUCACCUCCAUGCGCCUGGCCUACCAAGAGCUUCAGAUCGAUCACAAAAUGGAGGAAAAGAGGCUGCAGAAACUGGAGGGACAGAAACGACAGCAGGCGGAGCGACUUGGAAUGGGCCUGGGUGGCAGAGGCCCAGUAUCCCACUCAGUCCUCACUGAGAUGCAAACCAUCGAACAGGAAAACCCGGUGUUAGCCAAAUCAUCCCGUUCAAAGUUCGACAUGUUGGAGGAAGCCACGUUUGCCUCUGGGCCACCAAUGUACAGAGAUAACCCCUUUGCAGUGGGUGAGGGCUUUGGCUCACACUGGCAGAUUGAUAGUGGACACCGCUUGACACUAGAGAGGGAGCAGCCCAAAGAGGUGGAUGUCAGCAUCUCCAGCAGUCAGCCAGCAACUGAGCGGCCAGCAAGUCGACGGAAACUAGACAGCGUUGUUCCUCCCGAAUCAAAGGAAGCUCGGCAGAAAUUUGCCAACGCCAAGGCCAUUUCUUCAGACAUGUUCUUUGGGAGAGAGAAUUGGACGGAGUAUGAGGCGAGGGCUCGGCUGGAUCGUUUGUCCAGAAACUCCUCCAUCAGCUCCUCUGAUCUCUUUGGUGACGGCAGAGCAAACUCAGCAGAUAGUGUCACCAUGAGUAAUGUGCUCCCAUCUGGUCCUGAUAUGACUCACUUCAAACAAGGGGUGAAGUCAAUGGCAGGAAAGCUGUCUGUGCUCGCCAACGGAGUGAUGACCAGUAUUCAGGAUCACUAUGGCUCGUACUGAGACUGGAGCUGAUGCGAAGAAUGAUUCUGAUCUGCACGCAUUCAUCGCCUGGAUUUUUCCAGAGAUCAGUAUUAGGUUUUGAGUGGGUCUUGAAGCAAUGUUUGAAUUUAUUAGUGAAGUUGAAGUGGGGAUGUUGGUCUCUCAGUUUGUGUCCUCAACCUAGUGAUUAUGACUUAGCAGGACUGAAUCUAACCCUGUGUCCAUGCACCCCGAGAAUUAUACAGCAUAACAAGGCCAGUCAGCUCAUCCUGCCUCUAGCAACUCUUUGCUCAAGCUAUCCAAUUCAGCCUCACUCUCCUGCCCUUUCCUCAGAGCCCUGAAAAUUUCUCCUUUUCUCAUAUUUAUCCAUUUCCCUUCUGAAACAUUGAUUCCAGAUCCACAACUGUGUGUAAUAGGAAAAUACUUUCUCCAAUCACCUUAAAUCUGUAAGCUCCAGUUACUGACUCUUAUCUCACGAGAAACAGUUUCUGCCUGUUUCCUCUAUCAAAUGCCCUUAUAUGCAAACAUCAUCAUUUUGAACACCUCUAUCAAAUCUCUCCUUAACCUUUUCUCUAAGGAGAACAUUUCCAGCUUCUGCAGUCUCUUCACAUUAACUGAAGUCCCUCACCCCUGGUCCUAUUCUAGUAAAUCUCCUCUGCACCCUCUCCAAGGCCUUGACCUCCUUCCUAAAUUUUCAUGCGCAGAAUUGCCCACAACACUGCAGCUGAGGCCUAACCUGUGUUUUGAAAGAUCUAAUAUAACUUCCUUUGUUUUCUUCUCUUUUAAUAAAGCCAAGGAUCCUGUAAGUUUUUUUUAAACAAACUUCUCAACCUGUCACGAUACCUUCAAUGCUUUCGGUACAUACAGUCCCAGGCCUCUGUGUUGCUGCAAUUCUUUGAGAACUUCAGCAUUUAGUUCGUAUUGCUAUGUCCCAGUCUUAUUAACUCCCAUUGGGAAUGAGGGGAAAGCCAGAGGACUGUUAGCAUAUGGAACCAGGGUUUGAACUAGAGUAAGUGCCAACACUGUUCACCCAAAUUUCUGCCAAACUAUUUUUCGGUCCUGUUAUUCAGGAGUUUGAGAAUUGAAAAAGCCAGAUGGUGACAGGAACUCUGCUCCACACAGGAGCAGCUGGCUUGUGCACUGAGAUGGUAUAUUCAAAAUGUGAUCACUGAGGUAAGGGAGCAAACAUUCUCCACAGUGUGUGUGAUUGCUGUUUGUUGACUGGUGUGUCUGACUGUUACAUGCUUGCCUGUCAGGCUGCAAGAAUUAAUGCAGUUGUUUACUCAGUUUUAUUUAUUUUGAUCAUUGGACACGCGAUUUGAAAGUUAAAAUGUUGGAUAAUGUGCAGCUUGCUCUGAUCAAUUACUGUAUUGCACCAAACCCCUCUGCCAGGCUCUGCCCCAGCCCUGCAGGGCUAAGCUGACUGCAGCUGGGGACCUUCAGUAUUAUGGAUUGUUGUUUUUUGUUUUCCCUGCUUACCCUGGGCUCUUUCCCCAUCGACUUUAACUCUCAGCACUUCCUAAACUAACUCCAGCCACUGCCCAGGUCCCUGCUGGCCAGAGAGCAUUAAUUCCAAACCCUGGAGUUUUCAGUUCCGGUGUAGACAGGCAACUGGUGACUUUGCCCAGAUCAGCAGAUGGACACGGUGAGAGUCAGACCUCCACCUGUCUGCCUCUUUCACAUUAGCUGGGAGCUGGUGGGGGGAUGUUCAAUGAGUGACACAGUCUCUCUGGAUCUCUCACUCUUCUCUUAGCUAAUAACUAACAAGAGAUUAUUUCACUGCAAUAUUCCCAACCCAUUAACCAGAACCUGACAAAAACCUGCAUUAUUGAAAAUCAUUUUCUCAAAUUUUGUGAAGCUGACAAUGAAUAAAUGAUGAUCUGGGAGUGUGGCAGCAGCUCACUCUCGGUAUCAAAACUC